AUGGCGGAGCUGCCGCUGCCCGCCGGGCUCAACGCCAGCACCUUCCCCGCCAAGCUGUGGCGCCUGGUGAACAGCCCCCGCGUCCGCUCCGUGCGCUGGGACAGCCGGGGCCAGGGGCUGCUCAUCGACCGCUCCCUGUUGGAGCGGGAGCUGCUCAGCCCGGGCGGCGCCCUCGCAGCGGGCGGCGAAGGGGCGGGGCCGGCCCCGGACUCCUUCCAAGCCACGCACUUUGGCAGCUUCGUGCGCCAGCUCAACCUCUACGGCUUCCACAAGGUGCCGGGCGAGACCGGGGGCUGGCUGCACUUCACGAAUCCCAGCUUUCGCCGGGACCGCCCCGACCUCCUCCUCCACAUCAAGCGCCUGACCAGGGCCAACAGGCAGCGGCUGGCGAUGGGGCUGGAGGUGCGCAGCCGCCAGCCCAGCCGCUUCCAGCAGCUCCGCACGGAGCGGCCGCUGCCCGCCUUCUCUGCCGGGCAGCCCCCCAGAGCCGCUCCCUCAUGCCAGAACCUUGCUGCUGCCUCACUUGAGGGGUCAGAGCUGCCUCCGGGCCCUUCCUGGGGACAUGCAGGUGCUCAGGAGUCUGAGGCUUCCCCACCACCUGCCAAGAAAGUCUGUGCCUCCUCUGGGCUUUUUGGAGCUUCACCAGUGGAACCAUCAAGAGAACUCUUCCACCAAUUUAAUCUACACAAGCUCACCAUUCCACUGGUUUGCAUCAACCCUGAAGCUGUCUGCAGGACCCUUGGAGAAAGCAGCAGCUGCAAAUCUUCAGGGCAGCACACCCCAGCUAAUGACACAUCAGCCACUCCAGGCACUUCAGCCCCCAGUGCUCCAGCCGGCUGUGCUGGUUAUGCACCAUGGAGAGCCCCCAGGUGGCUCUGGUAUACUCCUGGGGAAGAGGAAUUGCCACCGCUGGAUCUGGACCUGGUGCUUGAGACACUGGAGGAGAUGCUUUCAUCCUCCCCACCUGAAAGGUCUCCCUGUGCUCAGGGGAAUAUUGAUGCUGCCUCUGAAUCUUCAGGAGGGGAGCCUGAGAACAAGGCUGCAGCAGAGGGAGCUUUGCCUGGCACCCAGAGCUGUGGGAACAGUUCCCAGGAACCUGAGGAGCUUGAUAUCCAUCUGAUCUACCUGGCCAGGAGGGCUGCCCUGCGUGCCAAGGAGAGUGCGAGGGAGAGCCUGUGACCAUCGGGCAGGUGGAAUCCCUCUGUUUAUAGAUACAUUUAGAAACUUCUAUAGUUAUAUUUAUUUAUCCAUGUAGUUACUUUUACAGAUUUAUGUAAAAGUAUUUAUUUAUUUACAGAGUUGUGUUUAUAUGUGCCUAUAUUUAUACAUCUAUACAGUUAAAUCUAUAUAUAUAGCUAUAGAUGUGAUAAAAUUAUAUAUAAAUAUAUGUGGUUGCUUUUAUAGAUUUCCAGAUUUACUUUUAUAUAUGCAUAGCAUAAUAGUAAUAUAUAUUUAUAUGCUAUUAUUAAUUAUCAGUUACAAGUUUUAAUAUUUAUAUUUAUAUUUAUAAUGUGCAUAUUCAUUUAGUUAGAGGUGUAUGGAAGUUUAGAUACACAGAUUGAGCUGUGUAGGCCUAGGCUAUAUUUUUAAGCUCUUUCCCUCCUCUGAUGCCUUUUCCAUCUCUUGUUUUUCCCUGUGCCCCCUCUGUCCCCUCUUGCUGUGCUGGUCCGAGCUGGCGGCCGGGCCGGGCGGAGCAGCAAUUCCAGCCCCGGGUGUCCCUGGAGCAGGUGGGAGCUGCCGCUGGCCCCAGGCACUGUCCCCUGAGGAGCUGCUGAGGGACGCUGCACUGAAGACCUUGAAGACAGCAGGAGGAGUGACAGGAGCCAGCAGGGAGAAGCCAAAGGCCAGGAGCAAGAGCAGUGAGCAGGGAGCUGCUGGUGCCACACAAGAGCCUGGAUGUCCCAUCUGCUGUCCCUGUCCAGAAGAGCUGCUCUGCACAGGAGGAAGAGACCAAGGGAGAGCCUGGGAACAUCGGUGGCUGCAAUCCCUCCUGCUGGAGUUCUAGUUACAGAUGUGUAGAGUUCAACUGAGAUAGCUGGAAGUUUAUGGAUAUUUACCUAUGUUGACAGAUGUUUGUAUAGGCAUAUAUGUAUGUAUAUUGUUAUACUGAUACAUGUAUAUUAAUCUGUUCACAUCUGGGUUUAUAUUUACAUACUUCUGCGGUUGUAUAGCUGUGUAAUUCUGUUGAUAGGGUUGUAAGGAUCAUGGCACAUUGAUAUUUGUAUAUUUAUAGAUAGGUUUGUUAUGUGUGUAUUUAUGUACAUCUUGCUUUAUGUAAUUUGAAAUAUUAAUUAUAUUUUUACAUCUGUAUGUUGUAUGGUUAUGUAUUUACAGAUAUUUAAAUAUAUGUUGAGUAGUAUAGUUAUAUAAUUCUAUGUGUUUAGUUCUGAGUCUGGGAUUCUUUAGAGAGGGAUAUUGACAUUUUUGUAUUUGUAUACGGGCUGUACAGUUGUAGUAAUAUGUAAUAAAUUAAGCUGUUAAACUUCAUAUUUGUGUUAGCGAGUGGUUGUAGAGGGUUGCAAUAAAUUACCUGUUUUAACUGAA